GGAAUGGUUGCUCGAGCGUUUAGUCUUAAUAGAAUCUCAGCGAGAGCACGACAUUGGGGGACAUGGAUUUUGACAAGAUCUUGGAGAAGUGCGGCAAUGCGGGUCGCUAUCAGUACCUGAUGAUUCUGCUGCUCGGCUACAUCGCCUUUACCACCACCGUGCACUACUAUUCGCAAAACAUAAUCGGGUUCGUGCCGCAGCACUGGUGCUACCAUGAGAAGCUAGCGAAUCUGAGCUUCGAGGAGAUUGCGGCUAUCUAUGCUCCGUUUGGGAAGGAGGCCUCCUGCACCCGGCUGGACACCAUAGAGGGUGACAGGGUGACGGUGAGCACGGAGGCCUGUCAGCGUUGGAUAUACAAUUAUGAUUACGGAUUUCGCAGUAUGAAUGCGGAGCUCAACUGGGUCUGUCAGAAUGCGUACAAGGCGCGAAUCGGACAGUCGCUCUUCUUCCUCGGCUCCCUGAUGGGCACCUUUACGUUUGGGAUGCUGGGUGACAAGAUCGGCAGGGUGCGGGCUGUAAUACUAGCCAACCAGUGUGGAUUCGUGGGCGACUUCCUCACCACCUACGCCUCCAACCUGGUGCAGUUUGCCAUCUUUAGAUGCAUUUCUGGUCUCGCUGCCACGGCUAACUACUAUCUGAUGUUUAUUCUGGUUUUGGAAUACUUGGCCCCCAAGCUGCGUAACUUGGCCAUCAGUGGAACUCUGGGCAUUUGCUUCUGCCUGGGCGCCUUGGUGGCUCCCUGGCUGUCUGUGCUGGCCGGCAACUGGCGCAUCUACCUCACCUGCUCGGCCCUGCUCCAGCUGGUGGUGGCUUUGUUCUACUUUGUGGUCCAAGAGAGCGCCCAGUGGCUAAUUACAAGGACCAAUGUGGAGGGGGCUAUAGCCAGGCUAAAGCAUAUCGCUCAUUUUAAUGGACAGGAAGUGCCGGCAAGCGACUUUGAGGCCUUCAGGAGGCACUGCAUCGUCAAGAGAAAACUUUCGAAUCAACCAGAGCAGACGGCAGGAAUUAUCGAUCUACUGCGGACUCCCAAUCUUCGAAAGACAUCGCUGCUGGUGGUGAUUACUUUCAUGCUGACCUCGCUGAGCUUUAAUACCAUCUCCCGGAAUGUGGAGGGCCUGGGCCUGUCGCCGUUUGUGGUCUUCUCCCUUUUUGCCGUGGUGGUGCCACCCUCUGGAUUUAUCCAAGGACUCCUGCAGAGUCGUGUGGGACGCAAGGCCACGGCCUUUUUGGCCAUGCUCUGCACUGGGCUGCUGUCCUGCGCCCUUGGCGUGGCCCUAUCCACGGAGGGGGCCCAGCAUAACGUGACCCUGCUGCUAGCCUUCGCCCUGCCCAUGCGCCUAGGCAUUUCCAUGUGCUACACGGUGACCUCGCAGUUCUCCUCAGAGCUGCUGCCCACCUGUGUGCGCUCGCGCGGCAUUGCUGCCGUGCAUUUGGCCGCGGCAGGAGCCUCCUUUGUGUCGCCCUAUCUCAUACACCUGGGCACCAAACUGGCGGCAGCUCCAUCCCUCAUCCUGGCCCUGCUCCUCAUGUCGGCGUCCAUUUGUGUCCUAAUGCUGCCGGAGACGAAUAACAGGCAACUGCCCAUUACCCUGGCCGAUGGCGAGGCCUUUGGCAAGGAUGAGUCCAUACUGUCCUUCGACUGCUGGCGCCGGCAUGAUGACGACGUGCCCAAGGAGCCGGCAGAGGAAGUGAGGCUGCAGCAGCUAAAUGGACAGGCAAAGCCGGAAGCGGAAGUGUAGUGAUAAACAAAGCCAAAGAAAAGCAUAGUAUUUCCCCAAAAGACUUUUGAACCCAGACAUUGCCUCAGGGGAUAAGAAAGUGCAGUCAGACACGAGAUAGUUGCGAAAUUUGUCAAUAGAUGUGAAGUUUGCUUUAUUUUGUAUCGAUUCACUGCUGUUCACAAAUUUUUGUAACACAAUUUUAACUUAGCAACUUAGCAUUGAGCCAAUCGGUAUCGGUAUCGGUAUGGUUGCUGUUGUAUUAAGUACUUACUUGUAAGUAAAAGGUUCAUAAGUAUCUUGUAUCUUGUAUCUUGUAUGUUGUAUAUUGUAUGUUGUAUCUUGUAUUUUGUAUCUUGUAAAUGGUUAUGUAAACUCUUGUAAUUAUGUAACGCUUAAAUGCCAUAAACAUAACGCUUACAACUUGA